AUGGCCACCGCACAACCACCCGCCGCCGCAGAGGGCGACCUCACCCUCGGCCAGCUCCUCACCCGCGCCCUCCGCUCCGCCGACCGCAUCCUCCAAGCUCCUGCGCCCAACGACCCCAAACUCCAGUCCGACCUUGCAAACACUCUCGCAGACCUCGACCUCUCGAGCAAGCUCAUCGACCACCUCGGCGUCCUGUCGCCCAACGACUCGCUCGACGACCUCUCGACCCGCAACCUGCGCUGCCUCGUCGUCCCCGCCCUCCAGGCCCAGCUCGCACUCGCCGUCCGCACUCGCGGCGGCCAAGAGCGCCUCGAGUGGCUCCACCGCGCGCGCGACCACUGGACCCGGUUCCUCGACCUCGUCGACCGCUACGCCGUCCUCGGCGCACCAGGCGCACCAGGCGACGACGACGCCGCCGACGAGCGCCGCAAGGCCCUCCAGGGCCCGCGCAUCGGCGACACGGACCCGGCAAGGAGGCGCGCGGGCAAGAUCGCCCAGUUCAAGAUGGAGCGCGACAUCAAGCGCACCCUCGACGAGCUGCGCGCCCGGCGCCGCACCCGCCGCGUUCGUGGGUCCACCGCCCCGACCGCCGCGUCCUCCUCGACGUCCGCCGCCCCGGCCGCCGCCGCCGCCGACGUCGACGACGACUACCCGUCGUCGUCCGACGACGAGGACGACGCGACGGCGUCGGUCGCGCGCCCGCUCCUCCUCAACCUCCUGACGCUGCACGCCCUGCGCGCCCACGCCGACCUCGACUCGAUCGCGCACGAGUCGGACCUGCUCGAGCACGGCCUCAAGCUGAGCGAGAUCCCGAGCCCGGGCCCGCACGCCGCCGCGAGCGGCGCCAGGACGGACGGGCGCGCGAGCCAGCGCGACGGCGACGGCGACGGCGACGCGGACCGGUGGAGGCUCGACAGCGUGGGCGACAAGGCCGGCGGUGGGCCCAUGCUGUCGCCCGGCGGCAAGGUCCUGCGGCCGUUCACGAUCCUCCCCUCGUCGUCCAACGGCGGCGCGUCGUCGUCGUCCGGGCAGCUCUCGACGCGCCUCCGGCUCCAGUCCGAGGUCUUCCGCGAGUCGUGGCGGCUCCCGACCAUGACGAUCGACGAGUACCUCGAGCAGGAGGAGCAGGCUGGACGGGUCCUCCAGGGCGGAGGGGAGCGCACGACGGACGAGGUCGAGCAGGCGAGGAGGGACGAGCGCGCGGACGACGAGGAGGACGACACGAGGGAGGGAUACGAGCGCGUCGAGAGGGGGCUGCGCAAGGCGAGGGAGUGGGACGACUACCGGGACGAGCACCGCAAGGGCGAGGGCAACAUGCACAACCGCGGAUAG